CUGAAAUAAAGCGCGAUGUUUUUGCGCGGGAUGGCUGCGCGCGCCCGGCGCGGGAGUGUUCAUCACGGCCCGCGCUGCUCGCGCCACUAAAUCCGCCCUCGGCGCGCCGCAAUCCACGACGAGUGCCCGUUUAUACCGAGCGCGUCCCGGUGCCCGCGCGUCUCUGGGCUCGUUCUGAGGGAAACCGAACGGAUUGUUUGUGUUUUGCUCGAUCGAUGUCGAUUGAAGUAUUCGGCGACGAAUUACGUGCUAAUGCUAAGAUUAGCUUCAACAGCACCGUUACCGAACCAAAGGAACGUUAACUUAGCGCAGAAAUACUAAAAAGACACGAUUGAAUGUCAUUUUUAUUGACUCGACGCGAUAUCGAGAGUGUAAAUGAAUCUUGAGGAGAAUUAAAGCUCUCGGAUGUUCAGAAUUUAAAUGAAGAGGUUCGUCGUUUGUGGCUCGUGUCGAUUCAUUCAGAACAUCAUGUGUCCUGCAAGAGAGCUGCUCCAGUAUGUCAGAGACGGUGAAGUAUGUGGACGAUGAGCACAAAACCAUCUUUCUGAAGUUACUGAACGAGCAGAGACUGGAGGGCGAGCACUGCGACAUCGCUGUGGUGGUGGAGGAUGUGAAGUUCCGAGCGCAUCGUUGCGUGUUGGCCGCGUGCAGCAACUACUUCAAAAAACUGUUCAAGAAGCACGAGGUGGACAGCUCGUCCGUCAUCGAGAUCGACUUCAUCCGCUCGGACAUCUUCGAAGAAGUUCUCAAUUACAUGUACACGGCCAAGAUCUCCGUCAAGAAGAAAGACGUCAACCUCAUGAUGUCCUCGGGACAGAUCCUCGGCAUCCGCUUUUUAGACAAACUGUGUACUCAGAAACGGGACGUGUCCCCCGAUGAGAACAGCGACGCCGGCGUUCCGUACGACAUGGUGAAAAUGGGCCUUCCCACGGAAGAUCCUCCUCUGAACCAAGACGGAGACGUGCAGGUGCUCGGGGAGCAGGACGACCCGCCGCCGGACGACAUUAUGGAGGAGAGUCAGGGCAAUCACGACCUGGACAAGUCGCCCAACAACGCCCUGCGUGUGCAGGAGGACAUCUUGAAGCAGCUGGCGCAGGAGGAGGUGCACAAGGUCGCCGGCUACGACCAGGAGGUGGAGGCCAUGGACGCCGAACCCAAAGAGCUGGCCGCUCACACGCAGACGCUGUCGUUCACCGACAGCAUGGGCGACGUGAAGGACGAGCAGCCCCCGGGCUGGACCACCGCCACGGCCGACAUGAAGUUCGAGUAUCUGCUGUACGGCCACAGAGAUCAGCUGGCCUGUCAGGUGUGCGGCAAAACCUUCAUGGACGAGAACCGCAUGAGGAAACACGAGAAGCUGCAUUCGGCCGACAGGCCCUUCAUCUGCGAGAUCUGCACCAAAGCCUUCACCACGCAGGCUCACCUGAAAGAACACUUGAAAAUCCACACGGGCUUCAAGCCGUACCGCUGCGAAGACUGCGGCAAGUCCUUCAUCCGUGCGCCCGACCUGAAGAAACACGAGCGGGUGCACAGCAACGAGCGACCCUUCGCCUGUCAGAUGUGCGAAAAGGCCUUCAAACACAAGUCGCACCUGAAGGACCACGAGAGGCGGCACCGGGGAGAGAAGCCCUUCGUCUGCGGCUCGUGUACCAAAGCCUUCGCCAAAGCGUCCGACCUGAAGCGGCACGAGAACAACAUGCACAGCGAACGCAAACAGUUGAGCGCGGGCGGUCUGCAGAGCGAGACGGAGCAGCUUCAGGCCGCGGCCAUGGCCGCUGAAGCCGAACAGCAGCUGGAGUCUAUAGCCUGUUCGUAGCAUGCUUCAUUUGACUCUCUUAGCCACUCGUCUUAUGAUGAUUCCUCUUAACUGUUCAAAUCCCAGAUCUGGUUUUCGUUUUUUUUUUUUGCUCUAGUUUUAGACAGAUUUGAUUGACACUGAUUGAUUUUCUCUUUUUUUAUGUAAAUGGUGCAUUUUUCUCUUACUGUACAGUUCAAACCAAAUGUAUGUGAGUAUUUAUGCUAGCUGGAGGGAGGAUGAAUUCACCAGCCUUACACGUGUCCAAAACACAGAGAGCGAUGGCGGUUCAUGAAUUCAAGCAGAAGAUAUUUACACGCUCCUUCAUUCCAUCAGUUUCUCUCAGAAACAUGUGAAGAUUUACACAUUGAGAUAUUUUUGCUGUAAUAAAAGACUGAUGAAUCAUUUCAGUGAAAAAUGCUUUUCUUUCGUCUUCAUUGACGUGAAAUAUUUCACGUUUUAUAGUCUGUCAUUAAAGUAGCUCAUGUCUUUAACAUAUGUUUUUUACUAGGGGUGUAAAGAUGUACCGUGCCAAUGACAUACCGUGACACAAAUGUAGUGAUGAUUUUUUUAAACCAUAGGACUUCUGUUGAGUCCUCUCGCUUGACUGGGUUCACAGAAGCCAGAACUAUGCCUUAAGUUAAAUUUGAAUAUUUAAGUCACUUGAGACAAAACAAUGGCACUGACAAGUUUUUUCAGUCAAAACAGAUCUAUCAAUCAUUUGAAUCGCAAGGCGUGUCUGUUAAUCUAUUGUUUUAUGUUCUUUUUUUUAAUAUUGCUCUGAUAAGUUCUCUCUUAAGGCUUAGCUUUUUUUUAUUCCUUUUCAUUUAAAUGUCUUAAUC